AUGCAGGUCCAGUCGGUUCCCCUCGGCUCUGUCACCAUCGGACCGCUGUCCUGGCGCGAUGGGACGGUCCGCUCCAUUCAGCGGGCGGAGCGCCUGGUGCGGCAGACUCGGGCAGGGCGGUCCCGGAUCAGCAGCAGCGCCGCCGGUUUCACCCCGAAGCGCUCAGGCGGCACAGCGGAAACAUCCGAAGAUAAGAUCCCAGAGGAGGAAUGCGGAGAGGGUCGUGACUGCAUCUGCGAAAACAAGAUGUUGAGGCCCCAGACUACAGGAGCGACGUUCCCCAGUGGGUCCCAGAGGACACCUGUGGCCCCAUUCCCACCUACCAGCCUGCGUGAGCAGUGUGCUGGAGCCAGCGCCGCGGUAGCCGGUGAGUACAUGCGGAGGGUGCGGGAGGUGGAGGGCCAGCUGCGCAGGCAGGCCGGCAGGGUGACCCAGGAGGGGAUCAAGCUGGAGAGGGAGAGGGGUCACCUGGAGAGGAUGCUGCGCAGCCUCAGGACUGAUCUGACCGUCAACAGGAGGAGCUCAGAGGGGAGGACCAGGAGGCCAUCCACUGCUGAGACGGAGAGAGAUGGUGCUGAUUACUUGCUGUUGUGUGAGAGAAGAGAGCUGGCUGAGCUGAAACAAGAUCUGGAGGGAGCACUGAGAAACACACUCACCCAGCUACAGGCCCUGGGUCAGAGCAGCAGACGGCUGCUGGACUGUGCCAGUGAAAGGGCUCGUGUCCUGGAGCUGCUGCCGCACAGCGGUUCUGCUGGAGGACACGGCAACGCUGCCCAGACCUUCACCAAAACGGACGCCAUCAGCCCCUUUACACCAGAGUGUAAACAGGUUUUAGAGUCAUCAACUUUGACAGUCAACCAGUCACUGCUACUGAGGGAAAACAUCAGACAGAUGCUGACCAACGCCAUCGCCAGGCAGAAAGCUGCUCACUGUACCGUCAACGAUGGCCUGGUGAAGAAAAUCGCAGAGACAGUCAGUCUGCAGCAAAACCUGACUGUGAUGUCUGCAGCCGCCCGACAGGCCAUGUUUCGCAAGCAGAGGCAAAUAAACUGCAUUCGUCACAGCCACGGCAGAGCGCAGGGUCCAGAGUACAGUGGCGAUAUACUGUCCAGAGAGAAACUCAACAGGCCUCUGGUGCAGGUUUAUCAGAGACACCCGGGCACGCAGUUACCUGAGGCUGCUCAUCUCAUACAGAGCAGUGCGGUGCUGAAGCAAUGUCUAAUGUCCUCUGAGGCUGAGCUGGCGAGGUUGCAGCGCGCCUGUCUGCAACUACUGGAUGACCUGCACGGCAAGAGAGCAGCAGUGCGAGUGGAUGCAGGUGUCGUCCGCAUGAGGCGUCAGCAGGUCGACAAGCGAACCGUGCCUUCUUUCCUCCAGCAGGGGGCAUCCAGAGGCCAACUCUCCUUGUCUUGUGUUGAGUAGAGCUGCAGCAGGGAGAGAGAGAUGAUAGCCUUAAUUUGAUGUGUGGUGAGAAUUGAAAGCAGCUGUGUGCAAAAAGUUCUGGUUCAUGUAGGUCAGAAUAGAAUAAAAGCUGCACUAUAUGGCCAAAAGUAUAAAGACACCCUGGUCAUUUAUUCCUGUUUACGUUUGAUCUUGGGCUCGGCCCUUUAGAAUCACCUUUGGACCAGUUUAGACAAGGCCCUUUCCUGUUUCAGUUCACCCAGAGCACAAACUGAUAUCCAUAAAGAUUUUCCCAGCUUGGUCAUUUGGCCUUCUUCUGCCCUCUGCC